CAUAGAGUACACAAAAGAUUAUCAUCAAAAAAAGAAAAGAGUACACACAAAAAAAUGGAGGCAAAGAAGAAUAAGAUUCUUGUAUUUGGUGGAACUGGUUACAUAGGAAAGUAUAUGGUGAAGGCAAGCAUCUCAUUAGGUCAUCCAACUUUUGUGUAUACUCACCCUAUUAAUUCAAAAACUCCUAACUCCAAGAUACAACUUUGCAAGGAAUUCAAUUCCAUUGGAGUAACACUUGUUGAGGGAGAACUUGAGCAUGACCAGAUUGUGAAAGUGAUUAAGCAAGUAGACAUUGUGAUAUGUACCUUUCCAUACCCACAAGUGUUGGAGCAACUCAAAAUUAUAGAUGCUAUUAAAGUUGCUGGCAAUAUCAAGAGAUUUCUUCCAUCAGACUUUGGUGUAGAAGAAGACAGAGUACACCCUCUUCCUCCAUUUCAAGCUUUUCUUGAUAAGAAAAUAAAAAUUAGAAGAGAAAUUGAAGCAGCAGGAAUCCCUUAUACUUUUGUCUCAGCAAAUUGUUUUGGUGCAUACUUUGUGAAUUUCUUGCUUCGUCCUUAUGAAAACAAGAAAGAUAUUGUUGUCUACGGCAGUGGUGAAUCCAAAGCUAUACUAAAUUAUGAAGAAGAUAUUGCUAUGUACACUAUUAAAGUGGCAAAUUAUCCAAGAGCACACAACCGCAUUGUUGUGUAUCGACCUUUGAAGAAUAUCAUAUCACAAAAUGAGUUGAUAUCACUAUGGGAACUCAAAAGUGGUCAAAACUUUAACAAAGUAUUUGUUCCAGAAGAAGAUAUUAUCAAGCUAUCACAAACUUUACCCCCUCCAGAAGAUAUUCCAAUUUCCAUCGUUCAUAGCAUAUUUGUUAAAGGCGACAUGUACUUUGAGCUAGAGGAAAAUGACCUUGAAGCUUCACAACUAUAUCCAAAUUACAACUACACAUCCAUUGAUCAACUUCUUGAUAAAUUUCUUGUUGAUCCUCCACCCCCUGUAUCUGCUGCUUUUGAAUGAACCUAUUUUAUUGAUAGUGAGCUUUGAUGUUGGUUA